AUGGAUCUUUUUCAUUUAUUAAGUAGUGGAUCUCGAUUUGAUAAAAAUCGAUUCAAAAAUGAUGUCAAAAUAUUUGAAGGAGAAAAAGAAACUAAUCAAAAACAAUCAAAACAAAAAAACGCAGCAGCUGUUGAUCCCAACGUUCGUUCUCAGUUACUUGAUGAAAUCGAUUUUUUCAAAACCACACAUACCGUUGUUAAUCAAAAGCAAGAUAAGAAAUCAACAAAGGAAAAAGAAGAAGUUGAAGAAGACAAAGAAGAAACUGAUGAUGAUGAAAGCGUUGAUGAAGUUCAAAAUAAAACAAAUGAAUCAAAUACUAUUUUUAGCACUGUAAAAGAAGCUAAAGAAUUUAGAAAGCAACAAAGAAUAAAAGUCUAUGGUACAGAUACACCUAAUCCGUUUAGAACAUUUGAAGAUCUUGCUUCUCCAGCAUAUAAUUUGAAUCCUAUUCUUUAUAAUAAUUUGAUGAAUGCUAAAUAUUUAACACCUACACCUGUUCAGAUGCAAUCUAUUCCAAUCAUGUUAAAGGGCCGUGAUUUAAUGUCUUGCGCACCUACCGGUUCCGGUAAAACUUUAGCUUACUUAUUGCCCAUUUUACAAGAUUUAAAGGAGCCGGUAAAGAAAAUAAGUUACCGUGCAUUAAUUAUUGCUCCUACUAGAGAAUUAGCUCAACAAAUUGCACGUGAAGCUAAUUAUUUAAGUCAAGGCACUAAACUUCGUAUUCAUGUUUUGACAAAGGCAACAGCAGCAGAUAAAUCCCAAAGAGCUGAUUCUAAGCAAAAAUAUGAUAUGUUGAUCACUACACCUUUAAGAUUAGUUUAUGCCAUUAAAGAAAAGGAAGUUGAUUUAAGUUCUGUUAAACAUCUUGUACUUGAUGAAGCAGAUAAAUUAUUAGAACGAGGAUUUUUAGAACAAACGGAUGAGAUUUUUGCUGCCUGUUCAUCCACUACAAUUCAAAAAUGUAUGUUUAGUGCUACAUUUUCAUCUCAUGUAGAAGAUCUUGCAAACUCAGUAAUGAAAAAUCCCCUUCGCAUUGUUAUUGGUGCAAGAAAUGCUGCUACAGACACAAUUAAACAACAACUCUUAUUCACUGGUACUGAAGCAGGAAAGAUGAUUGCUUUACGUCAAUUAAUUCAAAGAGGCAUUAAGCCACCUAUUUUGAUCUUUGUUCAAUCUAUUGAACGAGCUAAGGAACUUUUCCAUGAAUUAAUUUUUGAUGGUAUCAAUGUCGAAGUGAUUCACUCAGAUAGAACAAAGGCACAACGUGACACUAUUAUCAAUCAAUUCCGUGUGGGUAAAAUAUGGGUUUUAAUUGCAACAGAAUUAAUGGCUCGUGGUUUAGAUUUUAAGGGUGUAAAUUUAGUUAUCAAUUAUGACUUCCCUCAAACUAUUGCCAGCUAUAUCCAUAGAAUUGGUCGUACAGGUCGUGCAGGACGUGAGGGUGAAGCUAUUACAUAUUAUACACAAGAAGAUAUACCGUAUAUGAAGGGUGUUGUGAAUGUGAUGAAAGAGUCUGGCUGUGAUGUUCCUGAUUGGAUGUUAAAUCUUAAGGGUGCAACUUAUAGUCAAAAACGAAAAUUGAAAAAGGGACUUGAGCGUGAAACGAUUGAUAGUACACCUAAAUAUGACAAACGUCAACAAAAAGAAAGAAGUAAGAUCCAAGUAGACACAUAUAUAUAA